GUACGUACUUCCGGGUCACUUCCGUGUUAUCCAGUCGUCACGUUUCAAGUACAAUUUUUUGUAAAGCAAAUUGUAAAAAAAUACGUGAAAAGUUGGUCACGAGUGUCGUAAAGCCAUGAAGAUUGUCAGUUGGAACAUUAAUGGCAUAAGGACUUUCAAGGGCGGAAUUAAAAAGGCGCUUGAGUCGCUGGAUGCUGACAUCGUAUGUGUACAAGAGACAAAAAGUAACAAGAGACCUGUUGGAUGAGAGGACUGCUAUUGUUGAAGGUUAUAACUCCUAUUUCAGCUUUAGUCGUGGACGCAGUGGCUACUCAGGAGUUGCUACUUACUGCAAAGACAGUGCCACCCCAUUUGCUGCAGAGGAGGGCUUGACCGGUCUGCUGACCACCAACCACGAGGGGACCAUUGGAUGCUAUGGUGACCCGAGAGAGUUCUCCAGUGAGGAGCUACAGCUCCUGGACAACGAGGGAAGGGCUGUUCUCACACAGCACAGAGUCAUGUGUGAAGACACACCUGAAACAGUUACGGUUAUCAAUGUAUACUGCCCACGAGCUGACCCAGAAAAGCCUGAACGUAAAAAUUUCAAACUGCAGUUCUACAAGCUGCUUCAAUGUCGGGCUGAAGCAAUUUUGGAAGCUGGGAGCCGUGUAAUCAUCUUGGGAGAUGUGAAUACAUCCCACCGGCCCAUAGAUCACUGUGACCCAGAUUACAUAGAUGAUUUUGAUGAUCACCCCGGCAGGAAAUGGCUAAACGGUUUACUGGUUGAUGACAGUGAAGGAAAGGACUAUGGAAAAAACGAUGAGGAAGAGUCUGAGAAUACCUCAUCAAAACCCCUCAGCAGCGGCAAGUUUGUGGACACCUUCCGCCAUUUUCACCCAACACGCUCCAAGGCCUUCACCUGUUGGAACACUAUGACUGGAGCCAGGCAGACCAACUAUGGCACACGUAUCGACUACAUCUUCGCAGACCAUCCCUUGGUUAAAAUGGGGUUUGUGGCAGCAGACAUCAUGCCAGAGGUGGAGGGGUCUGAUCACUGCCCUGUCUGGGGGAAACUGUGCUGCCCCCUCCUGUCCAGCUCCAAGCUGCCUCCCUUCUGUACCCGCAACCUACCAGAGUUCGCUGGCAGGCAGCAGAAACUCUCACGCUUCCUCGUCAAGAUGGACCAACAACAACCUGCCAGAGAGGCCUGCAGGGACCCACUACCAGGAUCUCAGGAGACUGGGGAGACCCGAGAGAACCUGAAUCCACUGGGAUCAGCAGGGACCAGCUCCACUGGAAAGAAACGGAAGUUGGCAGUGGAAUCUGGUGUCCCAAAGAGCAAAAAGAUUAUGACACUGAAGGCUGCUACCCCAAAGCCCCAGGGCAACCUCCUAGCCUUUUUCAAGCCCAAAUCCAUGCCUGUGGCCCCAACCAGGGAAGACCCUGUGAGUCAGUGUGAGAGGGGAGAAGAGAGAAAUGAAGUGACCCCAUCACAACCACAUACCUUCAAGGGAGGACAUUCUGCAGGACAAGAUGUCCCUUCAAUUCCAGGCACGCGCACAGAAGAUCCCCAGGGUGUCUGUAUGGGAGACAAUGUCCAUGAACCGGGCAGCAACAUACAGGGUGUCAAUAAUCAAAACCAGGGGAAGGAUGUAGCCCUGGCUUCAGAGGCUACUGUAGACCCCCCAUGUCUCAGGAAGGGGGCUUCACUGGGUGGGUUCUGGAAGACGGUCCUGCGUGGGCCACCCCCACCGCCCCCCUGUAAGUCUCAUGGGGAACCCUGUGUACUCCGCACAGUCAAGAAGGCAGGUCCAAACAUGGGCAAGCAGUUCUUUGUGUGUAACCGCCCUCAGGGUCAUGCAUCCAAUCCUGAGGCUCGCUGUAACUUCUUUUCCUGGGUGGAUAAAGGAAAAUAGUGACUAUGCUGUAGAAACGCACUGACAUUUCAUCCAUGUAGUGUUUUUAUAAGCAUUGUUAAUCUGUAAAUGUGAUAUAUUAGUAAAAUAAAGACAGUUUUGUAAAUUAAGUUUUAACUUCUCUAACGUAUUUCACGUAAUCACAUUGAGGACUUUCUCACCAUAUGACAAGCAUCCCAAAGCUACUGUUGGUGUUGUCUAUUUACUGCUUAUGAAAUUACAAUGGAUGUUAAACUUAGUCACAGAGUGAUCUGUUUCUCUUCAUCUAUAAUGCAGCAUGAGCAUGAAUAUACAGUGUUUAUUGUCAGAAAAUAAUAUUCCUUGUGUGCUGCUGUGUUCUUUAUGCGCUCUAGAUGGUAGCAGGACUCAAGUAUGAUCAUCAUAGGUCCGCAUCAUUAUUUCUACCAUUGUCUCAAUGUAAUUUAUCAUUCUAUAGAGCUCAAAUAUGGAGUUAUGUAUGCCAAGAUUUCAUAUCCUUCCUAUGGUUAUGAAUAUUUUAMAUUUUAAUUUAUGGUCUUUCAACUUUGCAUGUCAAGAGCUGAGGAGGCUCUUGUGCAACCAUUAGUCCCCAUAUUCUUUCUAUUUCCUCUAUUUGAUUUUCAACACAGUGCUGAUGGCAGUAGUUUCCUUUAAAAUUGGUCACCUUUACUAUAGAAGUUUUAGUUAAGACGGCCCAAAAAAAUCUAUAUUUUUGUCUGAUGAUUCUCAGACCAAUAUGUUUAACUUACAGAUGUGUUGAAACAUCUGUAAUAUAUUAGGAUGCAGAGCUUAAUUGUCUUUUCAUUUAACAUGUAUCUAUUUGUAGUAGGGAAUUUGAAAACCUGCUGUAGGUAAUAAUCUGCCUUCUGAAUGAAUAUUCCCCCAUGUACUCGUCAUAGUGAUGCUCUUGUCGAUUGUGUUGUGGAACAGAACACCGCAGGGCCUUACACCUACUUAGCCACUGCCAAUACUUACAGUAUCUGCUUCUACUCCCAUGCAGUUUCUCUCUCCUCCCCAACCGAGCCCCCCCCUCACUUCCUCUCGCAAGGUGUGUGUUUCACUGUACUUGUGCAUGUGACAUUGAAACUUGAAACUCCUCUCAUGCAGUUCCAAACGAAACUCCUUGGCUCACCGGUAUAAAUUGUGACAUGAGCAGCACCUGUAUCUGCAACUGAAGCAUUUGUGCAGUAUAUCGGCCAUCAUUCCCUGGCAGUCCCUGAGAGACUGUCUUCAUUUAAUAGACUAAAAUAUGAAAUCACAAUGUGUUUUUGGGCCACAUAAUCGAAGAUAGGCUUACAACAUUACAUUCUGAAACGGUAGCUGUCCAUGGUGCUGAUAUCCCAUUGGCCACAUGUGGGCAMGGGCUAGCCCACACCAAGCCCAACACAGGGUUCCAGACCUUUCUAUCAUGCCAAUGUGAGCAUGUUUGCUGGGAUGUGUUUUACUGUUCAAAGGUUGACAUAAAGCUUCCUAUGACCUAGCUUUUUGUUCAAACUAAUCUGUUUUGUAUUCUAGGGACUACUGGGUAGACUGGACCAUGUUUUUAUGGACACACACAAUGGAUUGUUUUUCCUGUACAGUGCUAUAUUUGUACCCUAUAGUGUCCGGGCACCCCACUUUAAGCUCUUUGACCACAGUAAAAGUCCAGCAACACUUGCUUUGUUCAAAUGUACCUGUUUUGUAUUCUAGCUCCUCUAGUGAGUAGACUGGACAAUGGUUUUAUGGAGUCACAACUGUUUUUCCUGUACAGUGCUAGUAGCCUAUGUGCUGUAUACAGAAAUAUUAUUCUUUACAUUUAAAACAUGUUUCAUGGUCAAAUAAUGUAAAUGUCUUAUAUGAACAAAUGUCAAGCAUUGUUAAUAUUUAGAUACAUUUUCUUUCACAUAAAUACAGGUUGUUGACACUUCUAUUAUGUGAGGGACUUUUAUUCAAUCAAAAUUCCGUGAUGGGGAAGUGUUUUUUGUUUUUUUCGCGGACAUGACACCAUUUUGAAGACGACGUCAUAUCAAAGACCAUAUUUUUUUAAGUGGUCAAAGCAGAGAUGAUGCAUACAUUUCUCUGCCGCCUCUGGCCAAUGUAGGUUAUCAGUUGAUCUACUGUAGCUUAUUGUAUGCAAUUGUUUCUAGAAGAAAGAUCCUAAUCURUAGUUAUCUGAUUUUUGCAAUUUAUAGACGCAGUCAAAGAUUUCUCUGGGAUGAUUGAUGUUUGUUGUGUUUUUGUUGCUGAAAUGUAUCCCUGUUUAUACCUUUAGCAUACUACUAGUGUUUUUUUCUAUGAUCAUGUGACCGUCACUAUAUAUUGUCAGUAAAAGGGAAACAAAUUGCA